UUUAAAUGAAGAUAUUCUAUUCUAGAGUGAUUAAUCAGAAUAAGGAGGAGAGAGAAAAUACUUUGUUUGUUCUCUGUCUUCAUCUUCUUUGUGUGCACAUAUCAUAUAUCUACUCCCUAAAAUCAUCAAUUUUCUUCACAAUUUUACAGUUUUUUUAUUUCCUCAUAAAAUAAAAUAAAAUAAAAUAAAAAAUCUUAUAACUACCCAUCUCAAUUUCACAUCUACUUAUAGUUUCAAUUUCUCCCUAUUUAUCUCUUUCUCUCUCUUAAAAUAAUCUUCGUUUUUCAUUGAUUUCUGCGAAAAACAAGACCAACCCAUUUCGAUUCAUCCUCAAAUCUACAAAACCCAUGUCUUAAUUUCUCGAAAUUUUCUUCGAAUUUCUCAAUUUUCAUCUCCCCUGUUUUCUUUGAUUAUUUUUUCUAUCGAAAAUCCGCCAUGGCAGCAGCAGCUCUUAGAUCGAAAUCUACCAAAGAAACAGCAAUCUUAACAGCUCACCAAUUCAGAUACUUUGUGAUGAAUCAGAUGCAUAUGGGUCGUAUGGCAAGCUCUAACACUGGUUACAAAGCUAGUAAACCAGAAGAUAACUCCAUAAACACACCUUAUCAUUUCAUGUCAUUCAAGCCUGUUUCACUUAGAGGUGAAUUCGUUGAUAGAGGUAGUAAAUUUGUGGGUUUUAAUCAUCAUAAGAGGAAAUUGGGUUCUGAUUCUAAUGUUAUGAGGAGUUCUGGGGAUCCUCCGGAGGUGUGGCAGCCUCCUAAUGAUGGGGUUGUUGUUCGGGCUCGAGGUGGCGGAGGAGGUGGAGGUGGAGGAGGAGGUGGAAGUGGUGGAAAUGGUGGUGGUUCGAAUGCCGGUUCGAGUGGGGGUGAUGGGUUUGGAUCCAAUUUAAAGGAUGGGUGUUGGGGUGGGUCAAAUUUGGGGAGUGGAUUUCCUACUCCUAAGGAAAUUUGCAAAGGACUUGAUAAGUUUGUGAUUGGGCAAGAGAAAGCUAAGAAGGUGCUCUCUGUUGCUGUUUACAACCACUACAAGAGGAUAUAUUAUGAGGCCUUGCAAAGGCAAUCAGCGGAGUCAGCUAAUGGGAAAUCAGAUCCCUCUGAUGAAGUUGUGGAACUUGAAAAAAGCAACAUUCUAGUAAUGGGGCCUACAGGGUCAGGGAAGACAUUACUUGCAAAAACAUUGGCGAGGCUGGUGAAUGUACCCUUUGUAAUUGCAGAUGCAACCACAUUGACUCAGGCAGGAUAUGUUGGAGAAGAUGUAGAGUCAAUUUUAUACAAGCUUCUCAUGGUGGCUGAUUAUAAUGUGGCAGCUGCACAACAAGGCAUUGUGUACAUUGAUGAAGUCGACAAAAUUACCAAAAAGGCUGAGAGCCUUAAUAUUAGUAGAGAUGUAUCAGGAGAGGGUGUUCAGCAGGCAUUAUUGAAAAUGCUGGAAGGAACAAUUGUCAAUGUUCCUGAGAAAGGAGCUCGGAAGCAUCCCCGGGGUGACAAUAUCCAGAUAGAUACAAAGGAUAUUCUUUUCAUCUGUGGGGGUGCUUUUAUCGACUUGGAGAAAACCAUCUCAGAAAGGCGCCAUGAUUCAUCUAUUGGUUUUGGUGCUCCUGUACGGGCCAAUAUGAGAACAAGUGGUCCCACAAGUGCUGUUAUAGCUUCAUCUCUAUUGGAUAAUGUAGAAAGUAGCGAUCUCAUAGCUUAUGGUUUGAUACCUGAAUUUGUUGGAAGAUUUCCAGUCCUUGUUAAUUUGUCAGCCCUCACUGAAGAUCAACUUGUUGAGGUUUUGAUGGAGCCAAAGAAUGCUCUUGGGAAGCAGUAUAAAAAGAUGUUUCAAAUGAAUGGAGUGAAAUUGCAUUUCACUGACGAAGCAUUGAGAUUAAUUGCAAAAAAGGCAGUAAGUAAGAAUACUGGAGCUCGGGGAUUGAGGGCCAUACUGGAGAAUAUCCUCAUGGAUUCCAUGUACGAGAUUCCUGAUACAAGAACGGGUGAUGAUAUCAUUGAUGCUGUCAUUGUUGAUGAGGAAGCAAUAGGGUUAGAGGGAAAAGGGCGUGGAGGUAGAAUUCUUUAUGGGAAAGGAGCCCUAGACCGUUAUCUAUCACAACAAAAACCGAAAGAGGCUGAAAGUUCUGAAGGAGAAGCUGAAGCUGAAUCAGACCUCCCUUCUGUUGUUGCUAGUAUGUAAAGCUUUCGGGUCAAGGGAUCCCAUUGUAGUUUCAUCACUGUACAGUAUCCAUAAAGUACAAAUAAGAGUAAUCAUUUAGAAGAUAACAGGGUCGAGGGAGCAAAGGGGUUGAAAAGAAAGGAACAUGUGUAUUUGUAUCAUUUAGCUGGAAAUUUGCAAUACCCUCGCCCUUUACCGAGAAAAUGGAUUUGUUCUGCUACUAUGAUCUUGCCUCCCUUGCCAAUGGCUGUAAAUAUACGAUCUUUUCCACCACCUAUCUAUUCAGUGCAUUCGCCUUUCAGGCAA